GUCGUCUGUUACUUGUACUUAGUCACUAUGGAGUGUACAAGAAAUCCUGAGUUGCUAGAUUUUGAAGGCAGUGGCUUCCAUAAUAUUAUUUUGCAAAAAAAUAAAGAUUUUGUGCGCUUACGAACUAAUGCUAAAUCGAGGGAAGAUUUCGACAAGUGGAGAGAAAUAUUCAACCUCAAGAAUUGUAUGUGUUUCAACUCCUAUAAACUGUACCCUGUUGGAGUGAAGAAAUUAUUUCGUCAAAAAUUACUCUGCCAUCACAGCAACAAAUUCAAGCACAAAGGUGUGAAGAAGACUGUUACUGGUUGUGAAGUUUUCGUCGAUGCCACAAUUAGGAUCAUUCAUAAGCAAUCCCUUAAAAGGGACAAACUUAUGGAGUCUUUUCCAUGUUUUACUGAGAUCCAUGGGUGGCAUAAUCAUUCCCUUGAUUCUGCAGAUGCUCUUAAUCAACUGAGAGUAACAUCAAGUACCCGAGAUACAUUCGAGAGAUACUUUGAGCAAGGUAUGACAACAGCGAUGGCUCACAGACACCAUCUUAUGAAAUUAGAUUUGGUUGAUGAUUUGAGAGGACAAGCAAACAAAUCUGUCAAUCCAUCUCUCAAAUCUGUGGAAUAUAUGCGGACCCAAUGGGUAAAAGAACAACAUGGUGGAUUGAACACGUUGUCUAUGUUUAAUGCUAUCCACAAGUAUGCAGCUGACAACCCAGAAGUACAGAUUAAAGUUGAACACAACGAUGAACGAUUCUGUGUGGUUUUGGUAACUCCCUUCAUGAAGAGGGUUCAUGAACAUCUAAGAGAAGCCUCGGAAGUUGUUUUUGUGGAUGCCAGAUCUGUCGACCAACUGAACACAGCUAUCAUACCUUUUAUUUGUGCAGGACCAGCUGGUGCUGUUCCUUUGGCUGUGUUGUUCACAUCAUGCCAAGAUCAAGUAACAUUGACCAGAGGCUUUGGUAUGAUUAAGGAGAUGCUAGGUGAAUGUGCUUUCUAUGGCAGAGGAGCUCCACAGUCAUUCAUGACUGACAACUGUGAAGCUGAAAGAAAAAGUCUAGCUGCAACUUGGCCCACAGCAAACCGUUUUCUAUGUAUUUUCCACCUGCUUCAGCAGGUAUGGUGUUGGCUAUUGGAUUCUAAACAUAGAAUUCAAAAGGAUAAUCGUCAAGACCUUAUGGCUGCCAUGAAAAGUCUUGUUUAUGCUAGUUCAAAAGCAGAGUUUAAUGAGGUGUGGCAGUCUCUCCAAUCCUGUUCUCUCAUGGCUACAUAUCCUAUUUUCAAAAGUUAUGUGGCAUCCUUGGUUGAAAGGAAGGAAGAUUGGGCAAUAGCUUUUCGAGCUGGUACAUUGUUACGAGGGCACCAUACAAAUAAUUUCUGCGAGUCAACAAGUGUCAUAAUCAAGGAUAUGUUCUCAGCGGCUGUAAAGCCAAUAAUCUCGACCAAGGUUGCAUUAGACAGCGUUGAAUUGGUUGGCAAUUCUAAAUAUAAAGUACAGAGCGAAUCUGAUCCAACCAUAAAAUAUGAUAUAGACCUUGAAAUUGGACUAUGCUCUUGCAUGCAAGGCCAAACUGGUGCUAUUUGCAAGCACCAAAUUGCAUGUGCCGAGUUUAGCAUGACAGCUGUGCCCCAGCAAUUUUUAAGUAGCAGUGAAAGUCGCCAUCGAUUAGCAGUUUUGGCUGUGGGCCAAGAAAGAAGUCCCUGA